GAAUACUUUUGCAAAUAUUUGGAUUACUUGACAUAAUAUUCAUUGAAUUCAAUGAUUAGUAAAGAAAAGUAUAUUGAUCCAAAAACUUGCUUCACAACUGAAACAUUAUGAAUACACGAUUCAGUUCACCAGUUUUCAUGGACACAUGUAAUCAUUAUAUUCGUAAAGAUCGAAAACGUAAAAAGAACAUUUUUGAAAUAAAAGUUGACGAACCAAUUGAUGUUGAGAUGAAACAUCAGCAUGCAGUUUACACCAAUGACCCUAUUGGAUGUAGUAGUGCAACCAGUGAAACAGCAGUAACUACUCAUGAUCUCUACAAUAAAUCAAGAGGACCAAGCAAUAUUGAUGCAGGGCAUUAUGCCUAUCAUUGUGAUCCAGAUGUAGAAAUAUGUCAUCAGUCAAACUAUAUUGAUGUAUAUAACAAUAAUAAUAAUAAUAAUAGUAGUAAUUCUGAUCACAAAAACCUUUCACGUCAUACAUCAACGGAAUUUAAACACUUUCUUACGCCACCACCAUCUCAGGAAUGCACACAGAGACGAACAUCACUUCAUGGGAAAACCAUCACUAUACGUAUAAGUCGUAAUGAGACUAGAUAUCGAAAACUUCAAGCGAAAAUUUAUAAUUUCCUUGAAAGACCAAAAACAUGGCCUUCUGUUAUAUAUCACGUGUUUGUAUUCGCUUCCGUCUUCGGCUGCCUUGUACUAAGUGUAUUAUCUACAAUCAAUGAGUAUGCAGAGUCAGCAGGACGAGCUUUACUUUACAUGGAACUUGUAAUACUAUUUUGGUUUUUUGCGGAAUAUUGUCUACGUCUAUGGAGUGCCGGUUGCCGAUCCCGAUAUCAGACAUGGCGUGGAAGGUUGCAUUUUGCAAGAAGACCAUUCUGUAUUGUAGAUGUCAUUGUGAUUGUUGCUAGUGUAAUUGUGCUUGCUGUAGACAGUGACAGGAAUAUGUUUGCAGCUAGUGCAUUGAGAGGAUUGAGAUUUUUUCAAAUUCUACGUAUGAUACGCAUGGAUCGUAGAGGUGGAUCAUUUAAAUUAUUAGCCUCUGUGGUAUGGGCGCAUAGACAAGAACUAUUCACAACGGUGUAUAUUGGAUUCUUAGGCCUUUUGUUCAGUUCAUUUCUAAUAUUUUUAGUUGAAAAAAAAGAAAAUGAAAAAAUUCGUACAUAUGCUGAUGCUUUAUGGUGGGGUGUAAUUACUCUUUGUACAGUCGGUUAUGGGGAUACAGUGCCUAAAACAUGGAUGGGAAAAAUUAUUGCAUCAUUUUGUGCAUUGGCUGGUAUCUCAUUUUUCGCUCUACCUGCUGGUAUAUUAGGUAGUGGUUUCGCUCUCAAAGUACAACAACACCAAAGACAAAAACAUCUGAUACGAAGGCGAGUUCCAGCUGCCUCAUUAAUUCAAUGUUUAUGGCGAUGUUAUGCUGCAGAUCCUCAUUCAUCAUCUGUUGCAACGUGGAAAAUUCAUAUGAGACCAAUAAGAAAACCUGUUGGAUUAACAAACUCAUAUUCCAUGAUUGAACGCAGUGGUUUUUCACGAUUUAGUCGAUUUUCCACAUUAAAACGUCGUACAGAAAAAACUACCUCUAAUACAAAUACAAAUGUUAACAAUACUGUACCAAUUAUCACAUCAAAUGAUGCAAACAAUGAAACACCGAAAUCUGCACCAGUUAAAAAUGAUGAUUUAGAUGUUAUUUAUGCAUUUAUAAAUGAUGAAGAAAACACAAAUCUACAGAAUAUUCCUGAUACUCUAAAACCACAAGAUUUAGACGAUAAAUUAGUGAAAGCAUCCAAUGAACUUCUACCAACCUAUACAAAAGUACAAAUAUCAAAUGAUCGAUUAUGCAUAGUCGAUACAUUGUCGACUAGUCAAAGUGAACAAAUCAAUUUAUCAAAAAGUGGAAAUCAUCCAGUACAACAAAAACACAAUGCUAAUAAUGCAACAACAUUGUUUCAACCUGAUCCAUAUUUAUGUUCUGCACGUGGAUCAGAGGUGAUUAUGCAUCCAUUAACGGAAAAAGAAAAAAUUGCUGUACGUGUCAUUCGUAAAAUGCGUUUUUUUGUGGCACGAAGAAAAUUUCGUGAAGCAUUAAGACCAUACGAUGUGAAAGAUGUGAUUGAACAAUAUUCAGCUGGACAUGUAGAUAUGUUGGCUAGAGUGAAAAUACUUCAAACAAGAUUAGAUCAAAUUUUAGGGCGACCUGGCUCAAAAGGUGAUGAUGUCUACGAUUCACAUCAAUGCUUAGCAUCAAGAAUUGUGAAAAUUGAACAUAAGAUUGAUGCUGUUGAAAUGAAACUUGACAGAUUGAUUAAUAUUUUCAAAGCAGAUUAUGUGUUUAAACAUCGUAGUCAAGUCGAAAAUAACGAUUUCAACGGGAAACGUUCACUCCAACAUAAUGACAGAUACAUUCAACAAACUAACUAUUCCGAAAAAAUGGAUCAUCAAGGUGAGUGUAGUCGACUUCAGUCAACAACAGGACAACAUUUAACACCAUUAGAGGAUAAAGUGUUUGUAAUCCAGCGUAGACCAUAUAAUAAUAGGUUUGAGAAACAAAAGCUACCGGCAUCAGAAAGAACUUCACUUAAUGUCAAUUUCCCAUUAGCAUUAAUCAGUGAAAAGUGGAAAAGCAUUGAUGCUGAGACAUCUACAAUAAACAUUGAAAAACCUGAUACCGAUACUACUAUUACUACUGUAUACAACGAGAAUAGUGAUCAUAGGCAAAAAAUGUAUUCAAAAUUAUUGGAAUAUGCAUAUCAUACUGAAGAACCUUCUGGGACAGAAAGACGUAGUUUCCCUUUACAAUCUACAUCACCAUAUAAUAUUAUAUCAAAUAGACAAGCAUUGUCUACUUAUUCCGAAAGCUGUUUGAAAAAAAUCAAUGAUAAUAAUAUUAAAAAUAUCAAGGAAAUGACACAUGAUCCUAAAAAUAAUCAAUAUCUCACUGAUCCUGAUGCACAGAUUUCAAUAAACUAUUCAAAUCUUUCAAAAAGCAUGAAUUCACUAAUCAUUCCUCAACAACCCUCAUCUUCCUCUACUAAAACAUGUCUACAUAGACAAGAAGAGAUUUGUACUCCGUUUAUUGUAGAAGAAGAAGUAACAGAACAACAACAACAACAACAAGAGAGAAAAUCUUUGCUCGACUUAGCUGAUAAUCAAACCAAUACAACAAAUAAUGAAGAGAACGAUAGGAAAGAGAACUCUGCUUGUGAUCACGUAUAAUCUGGUUAUCGUUCUUUCUUUCUUUCGUUAUUGAUCAAUACUAAUGUUGUAUAUAAAACAUUUUUUUCUACUACUACUACUAAUACUACUGAAACAGUUCAGAAAUAUUUAAUAUUUUGUUUUGCAUAGUUUGUAAUUGGUUCAGCGUAGAUGAUUUUUUUUCUUUCAAGAUAAUCAAGUCAGUUGAAUAGUGGAUUUUCAGUUGUUUUUUUUUUGAAAGAUUUCCAUUCAUCAUCUAUUGGUGAAAAAAAAACAGAACAAAACAGCUUCUUCAUAUUGAAAUGUGAAUAAAAAAUCUCCAUGUUGUAUAAUUCUUCAUUCAUUUAUUCAUUGAUCAAUAAAUAGAUUUAGUCUGAACAACAAUAAUUCAAUGUCUUCCUUGAAUAUGAUUGGUUCUUAGUGUGGCGUUGAAAUGCAACACAACAGUGGAAUAUCUUCUUGAAUGAAACUGCUAUGAAACAGAAAGAAAUUUCUUAUCACUUUCUACUUCUUUAUUUCAUGUUCAAUAUUGUUUGGUUUUGUUUUGUUUUUUUUUUAAAUUUUAGAUUGAUUCAAUUUGUAUCAUAAAUUAUAAAAAAAACUCCGUUAGGGCAAUUGAUUGACAGAAUAAUGAUUUGUUUAUAUCUGCUGUUUUGUUUUGUUUUUUGGUUU